AUGGAGAAAUCGUCUGUGCCCUUUCCCAUCCGGGUACUCGAUGACACCGUCAAUCAGGCGGUGACAGCGCGAGAGCCAAGAGACUGGAGCGAUCUGCUGCCGGCAACGACCCGAACCAAGCACGAUCACAUCACCGUGCCGCAAGCCGACGAUGUCGAGUUUCUGGAACGAGAGCUGCUCGUCCGGCGACUCAAUGACAUACAGGAUCUCCUCUGGAUCUGCGGUCGUCCGAUGCCGCCUCGGCCUCUCCAUUACCAGAUAUUGACCUCCCGCGAGAUCCACGUCACAGAGAACCCCGAACUUCAUCUAGUCUGGGCUAAGAACCGCAUCUUCAUCAAGCCGAUGCCAAGGUGGCUGCUAAACCCAGAAUUCUGGGCUACGAACUUGGCCGAAGCUUCGGACAAACAGUCUGAUCCGCGGAAGCAGCAGCUCGUCAGCUGCGCGCUCGGUUUCCUCUACACUUACACAGCCCUCAUUGCGUACGAGAGCGACUUCCGCAUAGCCGUCGAUAAAGGCCUCGUCCCGGAUGGGAUGAAAUGGUACCAGUGGAAGGCAUUAUCGGCCCAGAUCGCGCAGAACCAUUGUUAUGCAUCUGUCAACCCGCGGUACUGGUACGGCGAGCUCCGUCUCAGUCGGCUGAACAAGAUUUACCGCAUCCGCUUGGGAUACGUGCUCCGGGGGUUUUCCAAAGUAGUUUCUCAUGCCGUGUACGAAGACUUGCUGCGGGACAACUUCGCAACGCUGGCGGCGGUGCUCGGUUAUGUUGUCAUCGUCCUGACGGCCAUGCAGGUUGGCUUGGCCACGGACAGGCUUGUUGGCGACGGCGCGUUUCAGAGUGUGAGUUACGGCUUCACAGUCUUUUCGAUCCUGGCGCCACUCAUUGCCGGCGCUUGUAUAAUUGGCAUUGUAGUGGUCAUGUUUGUGAGCAACUGGGCGGUGACCAAGGCGUACGAGACGAAGAGAUUCCGAGAGAUGGGUGUCGAGCCUCUGUCAGACAUCAAAAGGCAGACGGCCAAUGCACAUAAGUAG